AUGAUAUAUCAGCUAACUCCCGAAGCUCCAAAGGGUAAGAAGAAUGUAAGAACCAAAGCAGAAUUUAUUGAAAAGAUUCAAAGCUCUACUACUGAAAGAAAAAUGGAGAAAAAGAACAAAGAAAUGGAGUUCCGGGAACGAAAGAAGGAUUCAUCUAAAUAUGAAGAUGGAGAGGCAAAAAAGAUUUUAAGUGGAAAGCACAGAGCAUCUUUAAGCAGUUCUGUAAAGUCUCCAUCUGUUUGUGAGGAUUUUGAGACUUGUAGUGCAGAUGAUUCAAUUAUAUAUCGACGACAUUCAUCUAGUUCCUAUUCCAGCACUUGUAUGAGUCCUAGGCGGCUUAGUGAUGUAGAUUCAGGUGGCACACAAAACACUGCAAGGACUUCACUAAUAGUAGAAAAGGAAAACGAAACUUCAGAUGAUAAUAAAAAACAAACAUCAGACACAUUUAUGGCCGAUCCUAUAAAUAUAACUAACAGUGAAAUUAUUAAUAGGGAUGAUUGCUUAUCUAUUAAGGAAAAGCUUAACUCAAAAUUAUCCCUUGCCUUAAAUAAACGAAAACGAGAAAACAGCAAAAAUGAUAAGCCACCAAAGCAAAAGAAGGUCAAAGAAUCAUUCGCAUCAAAAAAAGAUGUUGAUAUAAAUUUUAAGUAUUUAACAAUAAAUAUUGAUCAAAGAUUAGCUGAAAUCACUAUUCAGAAAUGA